AUGACAGUAUUCAACACUGGAGUGCAAAUCGACAGUAGCACUCCGACGGUCACGGACUCGCUCCCUCUCUGCCAGUCCGGUUUCCUCUAUUUCGCUGUCUCUGUGUCGAUGUUUCGCAGGAACAACAGCUCAACGGGCGGCAAGAAUGUCGGCGCGUCCUCCGGCGGCUCUGGCGGGUCGCGCGCCUUCGCCGAGCAGGUAGCGCGUCAAUACGAAGUGCCGCGCGCCAUGACCAAGGAGCGCGUUAAGGAGCUGGCGGCUAUCGGCGAACGCCGUGCCAACCAGCUCAUCCGCUGGAUCACGGACGACGACCAGGGAGUAGCCGGCUCUGUUGCUGCCAAUGCCGUGCUGCGCCAGCAAAAGGAGAACUUCACGGUCUACGAGAUGCACGAUACGCAGGACGAACUGCUGGUAAUGAAGGGCGUCGUCCGUCUGCAAAACACCACGUGUGACGAGGUCCUCGCUCUACUCUCGGGUCGUACUGCUACCGAGGUCGACGCCUUCCUCCAGGACCUUUUGGGCGCCCAAUACGCGGCCGGACAGGCUCUGCACUACACGGAGGUAAGCGCGGACGCUGGCAACGCACCCGAACCGGCACCCGAGCCAAACACGCCGGCCACGCCUCAAACCCCACGCGGAUCCAUGCCCACGUCGUCGUCUCUCAUGGUCCAGUGGCUGGCGCUCAACGACGUACACCCACAGGCUCCGCUCCGAGAGUUCUUCUUCAUGCGCUUUAACCAGUCUUUUAGCAACGGCAAUGGAGGCAACAACCCGCUCGGAGGCGGCGCUUCGUACGGCGUGUCGAUCAUGGAGUCGCUCGAGCUGCCCCGAUGCGGACCGAUCUUCUCACAGACCCACAUGCAACGCCAGCCGCUGCACAAGUGCGGCUUCGUUGUGGAGGCGUCCGAGGACAAGAGCUCGGUAACCACGCGAGUGUCGUUCUUCAUCUCGGCCCCGUACCGUGCGCCGUCGCUAGAACAGGACCGCGCGUGGUUGCUGCGUCUUGCAGGGUGCGUGCGUCUUGUGCCCAGUGCUAUCGUAAACCGCCGUAUCCGUCGCAACCAGCUGCGUGAUCGCCGGAGCUGGCACUUCCGCGAUACGUGCUCCGUGUGCGGCGGCAACUUCUCCAUGUUCACGCGUCGCGCGCACCACUGCCGUAUCUGCGGUGCUGCGGUGUGCUCUAAGUGCUCUGCCAUCCGCAAGGACACCCAGCGCUCCAAGUUUUCAGGUAGCACACGCGUGUGCAUGGCAUGCUUGAACGGCGAUCAGAACGGAGCUCACGGAGCUACGAGCACGUACGAAAGUCGCAGUGGAGCUACUAGGUCGAGUGCCAGUGAUGGAGCGACGUCGAGUCGUGGUAGUGACGGCGAGUGCUUCGGCAGUUCAGCGCACGUGACGCUCGAGGAAGCUCUUGCUGGCUUCACGAUCGAGCCGACGCUGGCUGCAAACCUGCCUCAGAGUCCUAGCAACACGUCGAGUAGCGGGAUCAGCCAGGGCGGAGAGGAUGACGGCGACGUGUACGCCAACACGCCAUUCGAUUACGAAUUGACGUUUACGAAGGGCAACCCGUGGCCGGAUGCUCCGCUGACUUCGACAGAGAAGGAGCGUGUUCAGGUCAUUCAGAGACUGAACCUGUCGCAGGAUUUCGCCAACACCGUUCUCCGCGACUUGUUGGACUUGGCGCGUACGACCGUCAACUGUCCUGUGGCCGCUCUGUCUGUUGUGACGAAGUCGACCAGUUUGUUCGUGACUACUAUUGGUCUUGUGGGUGACCAGGUGCCGCGUGAUAUUGGCGUAGAUGCUCAUGCUAUUAUGUCGCACGAGCCGCUGGUGGUGCUGGACUGUCGUAAGGAUAUCCGCUUUGCCAAGAAUCCCGUCGCGCUGUCGAUGCACGUGCAAUUCUUUUUGGGUGUCCCCAUUUACAUGAAAGACACGGGCGUUGUGGUGGGCGCUAUCUGUAUCGCCGACACGAAGGCGCGCAAGAAAGUCAAGGGAUCGGAUCUGCGCGCGCUGCAGCUCAUCGCUACGCGAAUUAUCGAGAAGAUGGAUGCGCAGAACAACGAGAUGACCGAGAAGAUUACGGAGGGAGUGCGGCUGUUGUAA